GGAAAGAGAAAUGUCCUCACCAUUUUCCCCAUCCGGAUUCGUUGGGAGUCAGGACGAGGGAGGGAAGGGCCCCUGACGAUGUCGGUGCCGGAGGCGGGGCAAUCGGCGGGGAGGGACGAGCAGGAGAUGGACGAUUACGAGCAGCACCAGACCAGAGUGCUCAUGGCGCUGAUGCAGGGCUUGUGCGCCGCGAGGUACCGCAAGGCCGACAACACCCCCUGCCUCGUCGACCAGGGCCUCUACUUGGGUUCUGUUGGAGCAGCACUGAACAACGAGGCUCUAAAGAGCUUGAACAUCACCCACAUCUUGGUUGUAGCCAGAUCACUGAAUCCCGCCUUUCCAGCAGAAUUUACGUACAAGAAGAUCGAGGUACUUGACAGCCCAGACACUGAUUUGGGAAAGCAUUUCGGUGAAUGCUUUACUUUCAUAGAUGAGGGUAUCUGCACUGGUGGCAAUGUGCUGGUUCACUGCUUUGCAGGUCGGUCGCGGAGUGUCACAGUUGUUCUUGCAUAUCUUAUGAAGAAGCAUCAGAUGAGCCUGCAAAGUGCCAUGUCACUAGUUAGAAGCAAACGACCUCAAAUAGCACCCAAUGCGGGCUUUAUAUCCCAGCUGGUGAACUUUGAGAAGUCUCUGCAAGUGGAGCAGGGACAAAGAACGUUGCAAUCUAACUAACUACAAUUGUAAAUAUCAAGAACCCGCUGUCAAUAGCUUCCUUACUGCAUGUUAUCACCUCCAGAAAUCAAACAGGGCCGUUGCAACCGGUAUGAGUUCCGGCCAUCUUAUUAUGCUCAUUUCCCUAAUUGAUUCUGUGAUGUUCUAGGGUAAUUUUUAGCCACGGAAUCAGCGCUACAAGAAUGCAGAUGAUACAGCAGUCUCCCCUGUAAUAAAUGUUCCCUGUAAUGCAGAUGAUACCUUUGCCCUCUUCAUUUAGGGCCAGUUUGAAUCACGGGGAAUUUUCCUGUUGACUGGUAAACGACCUGUUCCAUUUUGAUGCUCAAUGCUCUUCAGCAGCAGCAGCCUUCUGUAAUGAAAGAUGUACUUCCUCCGUUUCUAAAUAUAAGCCCUUUUAGAGAUUUCAAUACGAACUAAA